CUGCUCAGCGCACGCACGUUGAAUUUACAGACGACUUUGCGUGCUGAUUUGCAAUGGCGCACUAAAAGUCUGUUGACCUCCAGAUGACAGGCAUGUGCAUGAACAUUCAUCAGGACUUCAUGCUUAGAUUGGAUUCAUAAACUGUAGUCAAAUGGAGAGGUCAAAAGAGGAUUCAAAUUUCCUCGCUCCAUGUGCAUUGUGGCCCGUGGAGCUGAAGCUAACACACAUUGACUGCAGUCCUGAUGACACGCUGGUCCACUUCCAGGGUCAAUAUAUGACCAUCUGUGAAUUAGACUACAACAUUCUUCAAGUCGAAAUUCAGAACGCUGUGAAGACCAACGCUUCUGUUCAGCUCGGAGAACUUUGCCUGGUAGAAGAUCCACAAUCUGGUCACUGGUACCGAGGACGAGUCCAAAUCAAAGAAAACGGUCUGUUUCACGUGUUUUUGCUGGACCAUGGAGAUGUUUUGACUGUCGGACCCAAUAAUUUGUCCAUGCUAUCCGACACACUUCGGAUGCUCCCUCCAAAGAUCGUCUGUGGUUUCUUUGCCAACAUACUACCAGUCCAGAACCAAUGGAACAGUUUGACAGAGAAUUACUUCUCCUCCUUAAUAGGCAGCCAAAUCAAUGGAUAUAUCCAUGCCCGUUUACCGUACCAAGUCCUGAUUCUUGAAGUGCCGGACAUUAAAAGUGACUUAUUAAAACUGAAACUGGCAAAACAUGUGGACACCAGUACGUUUCUUUUACUGGUUGAGAUGCUCAUUGAUGUACCAAUUAAGCAAAGCAACGAGUCUGUUCCAGAUCUCCUGAUCGAAAAGCAAAUGGGUCAAGAAUACAGUCUCAAAUCCUCAAACCUACCAGGCUUCGAAGAGAUUCUGUCUCUUAAUGGCCCAAAGCUCAAAGUUGGUCAGAAAGUAGAAGCCGUUGUAACCGCUGCCGUAAACGCUGGUUUGUUUUACUGCCGUUUAACAUCCAUGGGGAAAGAUGCAGAGAAAAUGUCCCAAAGAUUGGUGCUUGAAUGCGAGUCAGGCAGCGGUAGUGUAAGCAACAAGGUCUUUGAAAAUCUGGGAUUGCUCUGUGCAGUCAAAGGAAAGGAUGAGAAAUGGCACCGAGGGGUCGUGCAGUGCCUUCCAGUUAGCUCCCAUGUCAGAGUGAUGUUCGUCGACAGUGGAUAUUGCGAGUCAGUAAAAGUCGAAAGAAUCCUUCAACUGCCAUCAGAAUUCCUCUCCACACCCAUCAUGGCUGUCCCGUGUUCACUUUCUUGCCUGGGCGAACAUGAUGACGCUGUUAAAAAAAAACAGAUGGAGACUCUCAAGAGUGCAUUGCUUGGGAAAUCUUUAGAGGUUGCAGUCGACGGCUUUUGCAAAGAUAAGAGCUUCUACCUGGUCACUUUGAACGUCACUGAGAAUCAUCCAGAGGAGCAAGUGGAAGAUGUUGAAGCAUCUAAAAGCGAGUGCAAACCAAGCUUUCCUCUUUCGAAAUGGUACGCAGCAGAGACUAAAAAGAUCCAGACCUCUGAUUGGGUUUCUAGUGAUGUGAUACAGGACGGUUCUCUGUUUGAAGGCUAUGUAUUGUACGUCCAGAAUCCCAAAAGUUUCUGGAUUAGGACCAAAGCACAGAACUGCAAGUUUGACGAGAUGAUGAAGGAAAUUACUGAAUACUUCAGCAAAGUAAAGUUGAACGAGGAGAUCUAUGAAGACCCAGUGCCCGGGGUCCUUUGCUGUGCCAUGUAUGAAAAUGACUUGCAUUACUACCGAGCACUUGUAGUAGACACUUUGGAAAAUGGAGCUGAGGUUUUUUUUAUUGACUUUGGGAACACAGAAAAGGUGCCUGGCAUGUUAAUAAAGAAACUCCCCAGGAAGUUUGCUCUUGAACCAGAAUAUGCCAUGAAUUGUGCUUUAGCGCACAUCGCUCCGCUUGAGGACAGCUGGCCGACCGUAACUUCAGAUUUCUUCAGGCAAGUCACAUCCAACAAAACCCUGCGGGUUCAUGUUAUUCACAGAAGAAAUGGUAAAUACAUUGUUGAGUUGUUUGAGGAAGGAGGUGGAAGUAGUAUUGCGACCGUUUUGACAGCAGCAAACAUGGCUGAGUGUUGGAUAUACAACCCAACAUUGCCGUCUGUGAAUGUUAAGAGGCAACGUGAAGACAAGGAGAAGGCUUCGAACAAGAAAAAAAAUAAAACGGAUCCUUAUGAAGUGAGCUGGUGUAAAUCAGACUGGAAACAAGAAAUUGAUGUUGCCAAUGAGACGAUAAAACCAAAAGUCACUGCCACAGAGAUCUUUAAGCCCAUUCAUUUCAAACCUGGAUGUGAGGUUAAUGUCAUUUGUUCCCAUGUAAGUUCUCCUUCUGAUUUUUGGUGCCAGGACAGGAGCACAAAAGGUGAUUUGGACAAAAUGAUGGGGGAGAUGCAGACGUUUUACCAAACGCACAUGGUUCCGUUUGAGUCGCCGUCAGUCUGUUGUGCUGUAAAAUGUCAACGGGAUAACAGAUGGUAUAGAGCCUGUAUGUUAUGUCAAAACAUAAAAGAAAUUUCUGUGAUUCUGGUCGAUUAUGGUGUAGUACUCAAGGAAAGAAUGCCGAACAUCCAAGCUCUUGCGUCACAGUUCUUUGAACUUCAGGAACAAGGGUUCAGGUGCAGCUUAAACCAGACCGAACCUGUUGGAAGAGAUGCGUGGAGCGCAGAAGCAUGCAAUUUGUUCAAAGAUUUCGUCUGUGAGGAUUCAUCCGAAAUGAUGUGCCAGAUUAAUUCCCAGCUUUAUGAGCAAGGAAAGGGGCUCUUUAAUCUUGUCAACAUCCGCAAACCCUUUCAUCAGGCCACUGCGUACCUCCUGGAAAAAGGCGUUGCAGUGGAAACGCACACUCCAAAGCAGCUCACAUCAUCUGUGUACCCUCGCUCCUUCGUUUACUCAUCAUUCAAUGUGAGUUCAGGAAGCGAGGAGCUGGUGUACGUUACCAGUAUCUCUAGUCCAUGGGAAAUCUAUUUUCAGCUAAACAGAAACACUGAGAUUGUUGAUAAGCUAAUGGAGAGAGUUGCUGAAGAAAGUCAGCUCUUGUCUACCACGUCCGAGGACUGCAGCGGUAAUGUUUGCUUGGCACGAUAUUUUUACGACGGCCAUUGGUACAGGGCUCUGGCACAACCUGUUCAGUCCCCGAAGCAUCUGAGCGUGUUCUUCGUAGACUACGGCAACAAGGAGAUUUCUGAAAAAAUUUACGUCAUGCCGAUUCCCAGGAGAGCCGUCGAGUUGCUGAUGACACCUAUGCAGGCUUUGAGAUGCAGUCUUUAUGAUGUUACCGAUGGGGAACAUUUGCCAGAAGUCCACGCGUGGCUCGAGACGGCCGUUCUUAACCAUUCCCUUAAGGCCAAAAUUGUGACAAGAGACAAGAGCGGACAUUUCGUGUGUGAUCUUUAUGAUGGAGACGUGCAUGUGAAUAAAAAAGUCAAAGAGCUCAUUGCAACUUAUGGCGUGAAAGAAUGUGAUUCAUGUGUCAGCAAACCUGCGUGUGAUUCCCUAUCAGAUGGUUUGAGCAAAGAAGUGAAUUCCCGAGAGAGCAGCCGUAAAACGGUCAAUACAGGCAGCAAAAAAAGUUCAAAACCGAAGAAACCUCCAAAAACAGAACAGAACAAAGCACCAAAUAAAGGAACGGUCCCAGAGCAGCGCAAAACUCCUUGCUCUCCUAAAGUAAAUCUGCCAAAACUUAGUGAUCUUCCUGAUAUCAAAAUAAAACCAGGUUCUACAGGUGUGGGCUUCAUUUCUCAUUGCGACUCAGGUCGCUUUUUCAUCCAGAUGGAAGACGAUGAACCAAGGAUCCUUCAAAUGUGCGAGGAAUUAAACUCCGCUGUCUUUACAGAUAACAUGAAACGUGUGACAUCAGAAGUGAAGGUAGACGAUCUCAUUGCUGCCGAGUUUGAGGAAGACAUGGCUUUGUACAGAGCUAUCAUCACCAAAGUGUUAUCCUGUAAACAACUGCAAGUUGAAUUUGUCGACUAUGGAAAUACAGCAACCGUUGACAGGAAGAACAUUCGUCUGCUUACUAAUGUGUUUUUAUCUCAGCCCAGAUUGAGCUUUCCUUGUGUCCUUGCAAAAUCUCAUUCCUUGCAGAACGAGGCGUUUGUCAAGGAAGCAGUCGGUAAACCUUUAAUGGUCGAGUUUGUUCAAAAGCAUGGAAGUUCAUGGAAAGUCAACGUUGAAGUUCUUGAGGGUGGCAACAAGCUUGAUCAAGGAAAAGAUGCAUUGUUACCAUUGCCAGACAAAAGCCCAAUAGUGUCCCAAAUCAAAACCCAAAAGGACGAUGCUCACAUCCUCAAAACUAAAUCUGACGCCCCAGUCCAACGAAAAACCAAACCAGUACAGGUUAAAAACAAUCUGACGUUGGCAAUGAAGCAAAAAAUAAAAGCCGUCACCUACGCAAGGACGUUUGAAAAGCCAAAGUUGUCCUUGAAGAACAAAUGUAAGAGGUCAAAGACCAUCUCAAAACCAGAAACACUGGUCAUCUCCAAACAAAAAUGUGACACGUCAGCAACCAAAACUGAGAGGAUCCCACCGGAAAAUGUUUUUACAUGUAAGGCAAAUGCAAUUGAAGUACCCAGGUGUGCUACCCCAUCUCAGACAAACGAAAAUAAACCCAAGUACAAUCUGAAAGAGUUGCUUGCUGACCAUAUUGCCUCCUCAAAAACUUGUACAGAGCGAAGUGUAAACAACGCAGAUCAGACACAGACCUUGUUCCACACACCGGUCCAAAUGAAUGCUGACUAUAAAGGAUUUGCAGCCGCAGUCACCACCCCGGCUGAAUUUUACAUUAUUCUUGAAGAUCAUCUUUUAAUCCUCGAGACCGUGUCGGCCUUGCUUGAGAACCUUCAGGAGGUGAUGGUGCCGUUUCCAGAUGCUCGUUUAAUUCCAGGUGCGUGCUGUCUGGUGAAAAUGUCUGAAAAAUGGUGCAGAGCAGAGCUGGUGCAGUGGGAUUCCACCUCAGUGCUUAUAAACUUGGUCGACUAUGGCCGGUAUGCGGUCUUGUCCCAACAAGAAAUCAGCCAGCUUAAACAACUUCCAAAGGAACUUGCUGGAUUGCCCAAAGUCACCUACCACUGUUUGCUGAGGGGAGUUAAACCCAACGGCCAGGACUGGUCUGAUAAAGCCGUCAUCUUCUUUCAGAACUGUAUGUGUCGGAGGAACCUUCACAUACGCUUCAGACAGCACGUGUCUGAGACUCAGUGGGAGGUUGACAUUACAACUGAAAGCCAAAAUCUUGCCAAACUACUGGUAGACGCGGGGCUCGCCACGUAUAUUGACAGUAUGCUGGGAAUCCGAUUUCAGCAAGAGAUGGAGUUAACGGGGCAGUCGUGUGAAGCUGAUAGUUUCCUGGAGGAGGUUCUUUCAAAGAUGAAUGUUUCAGAUGAACCCAUGUUUGAUGGAAAGUCAUCUCAAGAGGCUACUGACCAUUUGGAUGUCAGGGGGGAUUUUGAACCUGUGGAGGCAAAGCUUACUUCAGAGUCUCGUAUCAAACCUUGUGCACUGAUGUAAAAAGUCUUUCAGAAAGCCGGUUGGUGAUGCAAUUAAAGAAUUCCUGUUUACGAAUGGCAGGAUGGACUGCUUUAGUUUAUAUGUUUUGUGUUUGGGCCUUCUAGUUGUGAUGUUCUAUAUGCCGCAUUUGCGUUCUGCAUCUGUUUUGUUUUAUAGAUAAUGUUGUUUUAAAGCCUUGUUUAUUUGAAGUAAUAAAUACAAUUCGAUCUUAAAGAUCCUAAAUUAUCAAUCUUUGUAUUACAAAAUGCUGAUAGAAUUUAGUUUAAUAAUGAAAAAGUGGACUACUCGUUCUUUUGGCUGAUCUUUAUAAGUAGAUAAACAAACAAUGUGUAAAAAUAAAAGAUAUGUGUAUGCAUAAUGAAAAUAUACAGGAUCUUUAGUUUAUCGAAAUGUACAAUUAUUGUCGGUUUAAGAAUUGUUUUCCUUUGGUUGUUUUACAAAGUUUGUGAAGCUUUCUUGUUCUAUUACAAACUGUUCAUUAAA